CCCGGAGGAAAGCAGCCGCAGCGCCCCUGCUCUCAGGGGCCCCUGAGCAGCCGGGCAAGGCUGGAGCCGGGGAGGGCGACUUCGCCGCGUCGCAUCUGGAUUCUCUCUGGGACGAUUUCUCCCGAAGUCUCGCCGGCGGCAACCGAGAGUUGCUAACCUUCCUCUCCGGCUCCGGGGCCGAAUCGCAGCCAGACGCUCAGCACGAGCUCGACGUGGUUCUCAGAACAGUCAUCCCGAAAACGAGCCCGCACUGCCCGCUUGGUGGCCCGAGGAAAGAAAUCGUCGUGCAGGAAAGAUGGCAUUCAGAUGGAAUUGUUUAUCCCAAACCCACCUGGCUUGGAGAAGAGCUGCUGGCCAAGCUGGCCAGGUGGUGUGUGGAGGGCAGGCAGAGUGGAUUCAAAAGCACCCUAUCCCUCAUCUCCAUCAUGAAGUACAGCAAGGCUUACCAGGAGCUUAAAGAGAAGUAUAAAGGCAUGGUCAAGGUGUGGCCUGAAGUAACUGAUCCUGAGAAGUUUGUAUAUGAGGAUGUGGCGAUUGCUGCCUACCUGCUGAUUCUAUGGGAAGAAGAGAGAGCUGAGCGCGGACUGACAGCUAAGCAGUCCUUUGUCGACCUCGGCUGCGGGAACGGCCUCCUGGUCCACAUCCUGAGCAGUGAGGGGCACCCAGGCAGAGGGAUUGAUGUCCGAAGAAGAAACAUCUGGGACAUGUACGGACCCCAGACGCACUUGGAGGAAGGUGCAGUCACACCAAAUGAUAACACCCUUUUUCCUGACGCUGAUUGGUUAAUCGGAAACCAUUCCGACGAGCUGACACCCUGGAUACCUGUCAUUGCAGCCAGGUCUUCCUACCACUGCCGUUUCUUCGUCCUUCCCUGCUGCUUCUUUGACUUCAUUGGAAAAUACCAGCGGCGGCAGAGCGCGAAGACCCAGUACCGAGGAUACCUGGACUUCCUCACGGAGGUGGGGUCGGCCUGUGGAUUUCGCGUAGAGGAGGACUGCCUUAGAAUUCCUUCUACCAAAAGGGUCUGUCUCAUCGGGAAAUCCAGAACAUACCCGGCUGCUGCAGAAGUUUCCAUGGAUGAGCAGAGGACACAGUACAUUAGUAGCAGGCGGGGCUGCCCCAUGAGCCCACCUGGCGAGGGUCUCGGAGCCCUGGACGCCGCGGCCGGACAUGCUCUGGGGGCGCAGGCCGGCCAGCGAGGGGCGGAGGCCCGGCCCAAAGGACUCUGGCUGUCUGGGUUUCACCCUAGAGAAAAGGCCGAGCGCGUGAGGAACUGUGCCACGCUCCCUCGAGAUUUUAUUGACCAAGUGGUUCUGCGCGUGGCACGUCUACUCCUGGGCGGGCAGCAGUCAGAUGCGGGAAGUGCCCCCCGUGGGGGUGUGGAGGCCUGGAAUCGAGGAGGGAGCCUUUCCUUGGCAGAAGUGGCCGGCGAGCUGGACAGGGAGACUCUGCAGAGACUGAAGCGUGAGUGCGGGGGCCUGCAGACGCUGCUGCGGAACAGCCACCAGGUGUUCCAAGUCGUGAACGGGCAAGUUCACAUCCGCGACUGGAGAGAAGAGAAGCUGCGGGAGGAGAAGGAACUGGAAGCCCGCAAAACCCGCAUCUGUUGGUUCUUCACUCAUCACCCUGACGGCUGUGUUCUGCCCUCGGACUGCUGCCCGUUCGCCCACGGGCCCGGGGAGCUGCGGCCGGCCCCGGCCGCCAGGAAGGAGAGGCAGCUUCUGUGAGCCGCUUGUCCCCCGCGUGCAGAGGCCGAGCCCCGAGGAAGCCGCCGGGCUGCGCGGGCCGCAGCUGUGCCCCGUGCUGUUCCAGGUUGGGUUCCUCAGGGUUCUCGCAGAGCGUAGCCCCGCCCGCCCCGCAGACACCCCCCGAGUGUGGGGUUGGUUUUAGACACGGUUGCUCUUAAACGUGUUCGGCAUCUUUACGUCAGAAAGGGAGUGUGACCGUUCUUGUGGCUCAGAAGACACAGGGGCGCCCUUCUAGGGGCGCGGGUUCAGUGUGUGAGGACACGGGGCGGCUGUCCCCGCCAGCCCCUCGCCACUCUGCGGCCGUUCCCCUCUGCUGCCCUUCUGCCCUGCCUCUUCCCCCCACGGGAACUGGUCCUUCUUUUGAUUCCAGAAAAAGAAAUCCUCAUGUGCUUCCAUUUA